CCAAAAACCAGCACUAGUACUUGAGUACUUUCAUACGUUAUAGGAAAAGAGAAAAAGGAUGAGAGUUUUGGCUCUAGUUUUGUUCACCCUGGCAUCUGCAGUUGGGGCCUUGGCUGAUAUUUCUUCAAUCAUCAGCCGAGACCUCUUUAAUGAGAUGCUCAAACAUCGCAACGAUGCUGCCUGCCCUGCCAAGGGGUUCUACACCUAUGAUGCUUUCAUUGCCGCUGCCAACUCCUUUGGUGCUUUUGGUACCACCGGUGACAUAGACACUAAGAAAAGAGAGAUCGCCGCCUUCUUAGCUCAAACUUCUCAUGAAACUACAGGUGGGUGGGCUACUGCCCCGGAUGGUCCAUAUGCAUGGGGCUAUUGCUACGUUAAGGAGCAAGGUAACCCUGGAGAUUAUUGUGUUCAAAGUCAGCAGUGGCCUUGUGCACCCGGCAAAAAGUAUUAUGGCCGAGGUCCCAUCCAGAUUUCAUAUUGCCUUGACAAGGAAAUGAUUCUUGAAGAUUUGGAAAUGACUUCUCAUAUUGAAGGGGCAAUUUUUCAAUUGCUGACUCUUGACCUUGACUUUGACUCUGCAGCAAUUACAACUACGGUCCAGCGGGAAAAGCUAUUAACUAUAACUUGCUAAAUAACCCUGAUGCUGUAGCAACAGACGCUACCAUUUCUUUCAAGACAGCUCUUUGGUUC